AUGAGUGUGACGACGCACAUUGUCGAAGUGAUUCGACAAGGAAUAUGGGCGUCAUUGACUGGAGGAUGGUGGGACUUAUUUAUUUGGUUUUAUGAAUUAAUAUGAGAAAUAAAAUCUUUUAGGUAUUAUGAGCCAGGCUAUUCGAUGUUCACAAAUACGGUUCAUUUAUAUGUUUGGUUGUUAUUAAUGCUUUUCCCAUUGUUAAUGGGUGUUUUUGCUUCUGGAGUUUUAUCGAUUCCACUUCUUGUUGGUUAUACUGGAUUCAUUGUAUUUAUUUUCACACUCAUCAAAUUAGCCGUUUCAUAUAUGCAUUUGAUUUUCGACACAACUGAUCCAAUUGUUGAUACGAAAACAAUCAAUGACUCGAUUGAGGAAAUCUAUCGGGAUAGUGAACGUUAGUUUGUAUUUUUAUUGAUGAUAAACUAUUAAAAACCUUGUAGAACAAGCCACUGAUAUCGAGAUGAUAGAAUUGCGAGAUAUGGGCUUGACAAUGCGCGGAUCCGACAGAUCUUUUGGCCCGAGACACUGGCCGGGUGAUCAAUCUUCAACAACAACUACAACAACAAAUCGGAGAAGAGGAGCUGGUGGAACAUCUUGUGAAACAUCGAGGAGGGUUCGAAUUGAAGAAGAGCAAGAGGAGGAUAAUGAGGAGAAAGAGGAUGAUAAUGAUACAAUUGAUGGGAUGAAAGUUAUAAGACCGGAUGAUGUUAGGAAUAUCAGACAAAGAUCUGAACCCAAUAUUUUGCAAGCGCAUGAUCCAACUGAUGGUGAGAGAUUUUUGGAAUAUAGUCAAUAAACUAAUUUUUUUUUUGUUCAGUUCGUCGUCGAUCUUCUGAACCAGCGAUCCAAUUCAUGAUCCAAAUGGAAGAUCAACCAAUUCCUGUGGCACCUAAACCGAAAGUAGAACCAUCUUCAGUUCCAACUCGCCGACGAACAUCUCGAAGGAGGUCGUCGACUGGGACAACUGCAAGUUCUUCGUCUCGUCGAAGAGCACAUCGACGAGCUGGAUCACCGGCUGUAUUUGCAGGAAGUUUGAUCAGAAAUUCACAAGAAUCUUCGAGAAGUAUGCCAUCAUCGAUUGGUUUCACACCAGUUGUUGUUUCUCUGGGAAGCGCUGGAAAUGAAUUGGAACGACCGACAACGUCGAGAUAUUCAGCUGAUGAUGCUGAAAAUGGAUCCGAUAUUAAAGUCGAAAUCACCAAGUUCCUCGAAGAACUCAUCGACAAGCAUCCUGAAACAUUGGAUGCUAUCGAAAGUGUUCGAAUGAGUCGACUUGGUCGACUUCGACAAUCGCAGGAGACAUUGCAACGGCAUUCGGAUAAUUCGCAAGGAUCGCCGUCGGCUGGAUUGAUGUUUGGUGUUCCAAAUGCGUUGAGAAAUGUUGCGUGAGUUUUUUUUGUUGAAAAAUUGAAUAAACUUUUGACAAAACAUACCAAAUCGACCAUGCUGAUCACGUCAAAAAUUGCCACAAAUUUUUGUGAGCACUUUUCUGGAGCUCUAAAGUCGAAAUCGAAUUUUUGGUUUUCACCAUGUUCCUGGAUGAAAAAUCAACUUUUUCAAUAUAGAUAAUGUUGUUCAGCACAUUUGAAAAGAUUAUGGUUUUUAGCUUCUGCUUUAUCUUUUCUGAUAAACUUAACAAGGAAAGUGUGUUAUGAGUCCCCGGAGAUUUUCACACAGUUUUUCACGCUGAGAAAGAUCCCGUUUUCAGUUUUUGCUGAACGACUCUCUGAAGAGCCCAAAAAUGAGCCGGAAGCUGAGAAAUUCCGUGGUUUUGACAGCCCAUAACUCAUGUUAGAGAUGAUUUUUAUGAAAAACUGAAUGCAUCACGUUGUUCAGGAGGAUCAAUUUACCAAAGUCAAAAGUUUUGACAAAAUUUUCUGAAUCUCUUUUUCUGAGCCACAAAAUUUUUUUCUGAAAAAGUUUGGACUUACUAACCAAAAAUUUGUGACUUUGAACAACGUGAUGCAUUCAGUUUUUCAUAAAAAUCAUAUCUAACAUGAGCUAUGGGCUCUUAAAACCACGAAAAUUCUCAGCUUUUGGCUGAUUUUUGGGCUCUUCAGAGAGUCGAUCAGCGAAAACUGAAAACGGGAUCUUUCUCAGCGUGAAAAAACUGUACAGAAACAUCUGUGUCUCAUUGAAAAUCUCAAAAUCUCCGCGGACUCAUAACACACUUUCCUUGUAAGUUUUGUCAGGUUUUCGAAUGUGCUGAAAAACAUUAUCGUUGAUUUUUCACCCUGGAACAUGGUGAAAAUGGGCGAAAACCAAAGCUCGAAAUUUGAAGCUCCAGAAAAGUGCUCUCAGGAGUUUGUAGCAAUUUUUGACUUUGGAUUUGUGAUCAGCAUUUGGUGUUUUAUCAAAAAUUUAUUCCGGGACCCAAAAAACAUUCAAAAACACGUGAACUAUAUACGUGUCAAUUAAAAAUCGGUCAAGUAUUUUUCCAGUCGAAGAUCGAGCCCAUUUGUUGAUUGGAAUGCUGGCACAUCUCAACCAUCAAUCUCCUCCCAACAUCAUAUUGCACAAGGCCAUGAAGAUACAACACAAGGAGCUGUUCAUUCAUUUCAAGAUGAUGAUGGAACAUGGUGGACAUAUACUUUUGAUGAAAAUGGAAUCGGAACUGCUCAACCUUUAGGAUCUGGCAGAGCGAUUAUGGAUAUAAUGAAUCGAGGUGGAUCGAUUGCAUCAACAUCUGAGAAAAAACAUCAACUUGAAGCGUUGCCUGAAUCGAUGUAUGAUAGUACAGAUGAUGAAAAAGAAGUUGAAGGUGAUGGUGAAGAUGAGGAUGAUGAAGAGGAGAAUUUGCCGAGUACCAGUAAAGCGAAUGAUCCGAUACCGAUGACGAGAAGAGAUCGAGCGUUGUCGAGUUCGUCGAAUGAAUCGUGCACUUAUAUGCCGACUUUGCCUUCUAGUGUUUUUCAUGCGCCGUCGGGAACUGGAGCGACUAGGAGCACGUGAGUUAUUUUGAAAUAAUUGUGGAGAAAAUUUGGAAGUGAAAGAGAUUUGAAUUUGGCGCGAAUUUGAAAUAUUCAAAUUCAUAGGGUUCCUUUGCGGACAUGCGGAUUUCCACGCGAAAAAAUUUUUCAGAAGUUUCAAUAUAGGUAAAUUUGAAAAUUCACAAAUUACUGGAUUUUUUUGGAUUAACAGUUUUGACUAAAGUUUAUUUUUGAAAAUUUUGAAUUUUUUGAACUUCAAAAUCAAUUUUUUUGAGAAAAACAAUUAAUUUUUAAAUACAAAACUUUUUGCCCUAAACUUUCUUCGAAUUUUGAAAAUCCACAAUUCACUGGUUUUUUUUUGGUUUCACAGUUUUGACUACAUGGAAAAUUUAGGUUUCUGAAUUUUUGAAUUUUUUGGAUAAUGUUUCCAUUCACGGUUUAACUUCUGGAAUUUUGAAUUUUGAGUUUUCCCGGAAAGUUUGAAAAAUUACUGAUUUUUCCAAUCACCCGGGAAAAUUUACUGUUUCAAAAUUUUUACAUUGUUUUUUGAACUUUUGAAAAUUUUGAUCUUGCAAAUUUGUGGAUGUUGCAUAAAAAUAAAGAAAAAUUCUGAAUUUCAAAACAUGUCUUUUUCCAGAAAUUUUGAAUUGAUUCAUUAUCACCCGGAAAAUUAAAAAAAUGUCAAACUUUUGAGACAAAAUUAUCAUUUUUUUAGUCCAGAAUCUACAUUGAAUUGAAAAAUUCAAUUUUUUUUUAUUUUUCAGUUCCUCCCAUGGCAAUCAAAUAGUCAGCUUCUCCGCUGCCGCAUCUCGUCUCAGAUCAGCCCUCGGUUCUGGCGAAUCCUCAUCCCACAAUCAACAACACAACAAUUCAUCAGAAAACGAAUCGGAAUCCAUGUGGCAAAUGGAGCAAAUCAUCGAUCUCAUCGAAAACAACUCAAAUCGCCGUGAAAGUGUGCCACGUGGCAUACGCGCACAACACAAUGACGCGGUUUUUCGAUCGCAAUUGGAGAAUUUCACUUCGGGUCCGGCGAGAUAUCGAUUCCUGUCCGAAGUUGCGUUUUCGAGUCUACAUCCCGUGCAAACUCCAUCUACCGGCGGACAACAACCCGAUUUUUCGAGACGAACUUCGAAUAUUCGAAAAAGUUAUUAUUAUCAAAUGAAAAUGUUUCCGAAAGUUCAAAAAAGUUUUAACCUACGGGUAAGAAGAUCUUUUCACCAAAUUCAAUCAUAUUCUGAUAUAUUUUGCACAUGCGUCGCAUAGCCUCGUUUCAAAUCCACAAGUGCAUACCUCUAUUUUUGAAAAUUUCUUGAAAAACGGAUACCCCCUUUUCCUCAAAAAAAUCUCAUUCUCAUUACUUUCGAGUCAAAUUUUGAUUAGAAAAUUAUUAUUUUUUAAAAACAAAAAAAUACGUUUCAAAAUUUUGAUAUAAUUUAUCAUUAAAUUUUUUUUCCAAUUAAUCUCUUAUGGCGCGUCCAAAAAUCGAAAAUGAAAAUUUCACACCUGUCCAAUUUGCGAAGUAUGAUUUUGCAGCUGGAUCGCCCGUCUGUGGAUCGAUUAUUCGAUCGAAAUCGUUUUUUGUACUCGUUUAUUUUCGACAUAUUUUUGGGUGGAUUAAUCGCAACACUUGCCGCUAUCAUUAUUUUUUCCGAUAUUUAUUACGAGUUGGCGAUUGUGUUUUUUGCAUUUGUUGUCGCAUCAGCGCAUGUAAGUUGGGUUUAGAUAUGUUAUGACGUGGCAAACUGAUCCUAAUAUGAGUUAUGAUGUGGCAAAAGUUGGGAUGAAAAUCUCAUUGCAUAAUCAUAGCAUAAAGGGAAUGCAUUUCAUUUAAAAUCUCGAUUACGCGAUUUUUGCCACGUCAUAACUCAUUAGAAAAAUAGGUUUACCCUAAAAUUCAUCAAUUUUCUUGCAGUUUUCAUUAUUGAAAAGUGUUCAACCUGACGCAUCUUCACCAAUUCAUGGUUUCAAUUGGAUUGUUUCUUACAACCGCCCCAUAUAUUUCAUCAUUCUAUCAUCAGCUCUCAUUUAUCUCCAUCAUUUGUCUGGAAAUUAUCCGACGACAGAUUCAUCGGAAAUCAUAUGGAGUUGGAAUAGUUUUGUCAAAGAACCACUUGGAAUUGUUAUUGCGGCACGUGAUUUGGUGUCGGUGUUCUUGUUGUUGUUGCCGAUUGCGUUUACACUUGGAUGGUUGCCGCAGGUAAGCAAGUUUUUGGAAAAUUUAUAAUUUUUGGGUCCGAAAAGUGAAGUUUUGAUAAAUUUCGUAACAUUACAUUUUAAAAAUUGAUAAAAAUCAUGAUUUCUAUUGUCAAAGUUGAAAAAUGUGGCUGCCGUAAAAAUAAAGACAGAAUUGAAUGAAUGACAAAACAUAACUUCGUCAGUCGCGUGCGGCUAUGCGUCGCGGUUCUUGAUUGUUUCCCGACCGCGAUGCAGAGCCGCACGCGACUGACGAAGUAGUUUUUUACGGCAGCCACAUUUUUCAACUUCGCCAAUAGAAAUCAUGAUUGAUUUUUAUCAAUUUUUAAACAAUUUUUUUAAUUUUACAAAAAAAUCAUCGAAACUUCACUUUUCGGAUCCAAAAAGUAUAGAAAAAGCAGUCUUCCCAAUAUUUUUUUUUCAAAAAUCUACAAUUCCAGAUCAAUACUUUGGUUCAUCAUAUUUUUGAACAAAUUGAAAUGCAUAUUUUCGGAGGAACUGCAUCAUUCGGUGUCUUAUCUGCAUUCAUUCAACUCAUCAAAAGCAUCUUCGUCUACUCAAUUCUAUGUAUUUUUUGUCGAAUUGCCCAUACUUCAUCACCGAAAUCAACACAAGAUCCAAUAUUUUCUGCAUUCAUCGCUGCUACAAUUUCGUUGUCUUAUUUAUUGAGUCGAUUUUCAUCGAAUCAACAACUAACUGUUUUAUUAUUUGAAAUGAUUAUUGGACCAUUUCGAAAAGUUAAGCUGGAUGAAGAUGGAGAACGUAAAGACACGGUGAAUUCAGAAGAUGAACCUGGAACUAGGUUACGAUUCACUGAUGAAAUGCCAGCAACAAUUCGACGAACUGUUUUCCAACGGGCAAGAUAUGAUCUGAUAUUUAGCAUAUUUUUGAUGCUCUUCUUUUUCGCACUUCAUUCAACUUCACUUUUCACCGCCACUCAACCAUAUUUGACACAAAUUCUUGCCAUCAUUUGUGUUGUUCUUGGUACAAUCAAUCAUUAUAUUUAUCCGCAAUUUCGAUCGCAUACACCGUGGUGUGCAAUAUCACAGCCGAUUCUGAAGUCUGCCGAACAUUUGCAAUUUGAAUCGCCGAAUGCGGCGAAAUUGAUGGUUUUUGAGAUUAUUCAUAUGUGGAUGGUGGCGAUUGAGAAAAAUAUUGUGAGCUUUUUAUUGAAUUGAAGGGGGGGGGUUAAGAUUUUCACAAAAAUUGAAAAAAUUUAAGAAUUUUGAAAUUUUCAGAUUUUUCUGAAAUCAGGAUUUUCAGAAAACACUUUUGUUUUGUUUCGAAAAAUUACUUAAUUUUGAAAUUUGCUUAUUUUUCUUUGCUGAAAAUCUGAAAUCAGGAUUUUCAGAAAAUUAAAAUUAAAAUUUUUUUGUUUCGAAAACUUACUUAAUUUUGGAGUUUGCAUAUUUCUUUUCUGAAAUCAGGAUUUUUAAAAAUUUCGUAAUUUUUUCUGGACAUUUUAGUUGGUUUUCUUGCAAAAUUCUGAAUUUUGAAGUUGGCCUAGUUUUACUGAAAUUAGAAUUUUUCAUAUUAAAAAAGUAUUGAAAAUUGCAAAAAUGCAAAUUUUUUUCUUGAAAAAAAUCCUGAAUUUUCACCCGUUUUACGAUUUAUGCUGAAAUCAGGAAAUUCUGGAUUUUCACAAAAAAUUGAAAAAAAAAAUCAAAUUCCCAAAACUAAAAAUUAAAGAAAAUUUUUGCAGCUCUACCCAAUGUUGUUCACCUCAAUGAUGACUGAAAACAACUGGAAUCUGCCAUAUUUUCUAAUUCCACUCUGUUCACUUCGCCUAAUUCGUGGCAGUUUUUCACAACCUCAACUCAUGUAUAUACCAAUCGGUUUCGCUUGUAUGGCAACAUUUUUCGAUUUUGAAAAUUUCCCCAAAAGUUCCGCCUAUCUUCCACUCAUCGCAUUUCUCAGUGUCGCAAUUUAUCCGAAAAUCAUCGAACUUUAUCUCAAAAUCAAUUUCAUCAUGGUUUAUGUUGCACCGUGGCAAAUUAGUUGGGGAAGUGCUUUUCAUGCGUUUGCACAACCGUUUUCGGUUCCACAUUCGGCUUUGAUUGCGGUUCAGACGAUUAUUUCGAGUAUUAUUUCGGCACCGUUGAAUCCGUUUCUGGGUGAGUUGUGGGAAAUUUGAUAAAAAUUUAUAAGAUUAUGGGAUUUUCCUGAAAAAUUGAGGAAUUUUCCAAUUUUAGGCUGAAAUUUAGCAUGUUUUGAAGUUUGUGGAACAAUACAAAUUUUUGGUAAAAAAUUUUGGAAUUUUCCUUGAAAGUCAAUUUUAGGCCCAAAAAAUGUGGAAUUUUCUGAAAUUUCUGGAAUAAUUUAGAUCUUUUCGUAAUUUUGAAGCUUUGAAUUCAAAUUUUAUUUGAAAAAUCAGUAUCAGUUUUGCUCCAAAAAUCUGAAAAUAGAAAAGUUCAGAAUGUUUUUGAACAAUUUUCAAGAAUUUUACGAUUUUAGAUUCAAAAUGUAGAAUUUUCUUGAAAUUUAGACAAGCUUAGAAUUUGAAUUUUUAGUUGAAAAAUAAUGAGAACAUGAAAUUUUCCUCAAAAAUUCAAUUCAAACGUUGAAUUGCUCUAGAAAAUCUGACAUUUUUCAAGAAUUUUUGAAUUUUGGGAUCAAAAUGUAGAUUUUUUUGAAAUUAAGACAAUUUAGAGCUUACUGUAAUUCUAGAAGCUCGAAUUAAAAUUUGCUUCACAUUAGAGAUUCCAUGCUCGAAAAUUUCCAGGUUCAUCAUUCUUCACGGCAUCCUACGUUCGACCCGUCAAAUUCUGGGAGCGUGACUAUAACACAAAACGAUCGGAUGCUUCAAAUACUCGUCUAGCCUCGCAAAUCGAUCGAGGACCAAUGUUGGACGACAGCAAUCUCAAUGCGAUCUUCUACGAACAUCUCACACGAAGUCUUCAAAAAUCACUGGCCGCCGAUUUGGCGAUGGGAAGAUGGUCGACCAGUGUUCAACCCGGCGAUUGUUUCAUCCUCGCCAGCUUCUAUUUGAACUGCCUCGUACACAUCAUUGAGGUUGGCAACGGGUUCGUCACUUUUCAACUGAGAGGCCUGGAAUUUCGCGGAACCUAUUGUCAUCAACGAGAAGUUGAGGCGAUCUCCGAAGAUAUUCGCGAUGGAACCGGAUGUUGUUGUUGUGCACCGGGAAGUUUGCCGGGUUUCCUGAGUUUGAACACGGCGUGGGGAUUGAGAUGGUUGGCGUGGGAAGUUGUGUCGGGAAAAUAUAUUAUUGAUGGAUACAGUAUUUCGGAUAACUCUGCUGUCAACUUACUACAGGUAUAUUUUCAGAUUUUUAUUGAAAUAUAUUAGUUUUCUAGUAGUUUUUUUUCAAAAAUUGCAGAACUCAACGAGUUAUGACGUGGCAAAUUUGAGAUUUUAGAACCUGAAAACUAUUGUCAAAGUUGGAAAAUGUCAGUCGCGUGCGGCUGUGCGUCGCGGUCGGGAACAAUGAAUGUUUCCCGACCGCGACGCACAGCCGCACGCGAAUGACGAAGUUAUGUUUUUAUUUUUUACAUAAUAGUUUUCAGCUCCUGAAAUUCCGAGAUCUUUGAAAUUUGCCACGUCAUAAUUCAUAUUAGAAAUUGAGAGUUUUCUAAUUUUAGAAGGUCGAAAAAUACUUGUAUCAAAAGUCUAGAGUUCCCUUUUUUCUAGGUUCACGAACUCCGCCGCCUUCUUGUCACAUUGUAUAUCAAAUGUAUAAUCUAUUACACAAUCACAUCAUCCAAACUCACUCAAUGGUUAGAUGAUGCUGUUGCGACUGCAUCAAUUCGAAAUGUGAUGAGUGUUCCGAAAUAUGUCGAUUUGGAUUCGAUGUUUUGCUCGACGAAUGAUGAAGAUUAUGAUAAUGCAGAAGGUGGAAUAUCGAGAGCUAGUUUCACUGCGUUCUAUGAGUCUUGGAUCAAGUUUUGUUUGGUGGAAAGAUUGCACGAGAAACCGGAGGAAACUAUGUGAGUGUAAAAGCGGAGCAUCGUUUGAACACCUUUCUGAUUGUUCCUAUUUUCAGCGCCGAACAAGACAAAGAGAAUGUUGUUGGACUUUGCUAUUUGUUAUCGCUGGUAGCCAGAAGAUCUCUUGGAACUGCUGCCUAUAAUCGACAUUCCAGUGCAGCUGAAUCGUUUUUGUAUGGAUUGCACGCACUUUUUAAGGGAGAUUUUAGGUAAGAGAUGAAAUUUACUUUUAUAUCGUUAAUAUACCAAAUCGACCAUGCCUGCCACAAAUUUUUGUGAGCAUUUUUGUGGAGCCCCAAAGUUGAAAUCGAGUUUUGGUUUUCACGAUGUUCCUGGGUGAAAUAUCAAAUUUUUAACAUGAGUAAUGUUGUUCAGCACAUUCGAAAACCUCACAAAAUUUUAGUUUAUCAGAAAAAGAUAAAGCAGAAGCUAAAAACCAUUAUCUUUUCAAAUGUGCUGAAAAACAUUAUCCAUGUUAAAAAAGUUGACCCAGUAACAUGGUGAAAACCAAAACUAGAUUUCAACUUUAGAGCUCCAGAAAAGUGCUCACAGGAAUUUGUGGGUAUUUUUGACUUUGGAAUCGUGAUCAGCAUGGUCGAUUUGGUGUUUUAUCCCUUGUGAAUUUUUUCCCGUGAAAAAAUACGUUUCACACUUUUCUAUUCAUUUUCGAUGAUUGAUUUAAAAUAUUGAUCCAUCUUCUUCUCUUUUGAAACUAUUAAAAUCAGAAACGUUUUCCAGAAUAACGUGUGUUCGAGACGAAUGGGUGUUCUGCGACAUGGAUCUUUUGCGAUGUGUCGUCUCGCCGGCUGUCAAAAUGGCUCUCAAACUUCAUCAAGAUCAUUUUGCGCACUUUGAAGAAUUCGACGAUCAUCAAAGUCUUUAUACAGUCAUCGGAGUGCAUCAAACCAAAAUGUUCAUCUCGCACGAGCAAGAUCCCGGGUGGAGAAAGAGUAUUUUGGCGAACACACCGGCACUUUUAGCAUUGAGACAUGUUUACGAUGAUGGACAGGAUGAUUAUAAAAUUAUUAUGUUGAAUCAGAUGCAUUUGAAUAUGAGGUAACUAUUCUGGAAUUAAAAAAAAACAAAAAAAAACGUUCUUGCAGAGUCAUAAAAUUGAAUCGAGAAUGUGUUCGCGCUUUCUGGGCUGGCCAACAACAAGAAUUGAUUUUCUUGCGAAAUCGAAACCCGGAACGUGGAAGUAUUCAGAAUGCUAGACAGGUGUUGAGAAAUAUGAUAAAUAGUUCGGCUGAUCAACCUGUGGGAUAUCCGAUUUAUGUUUCACCAUUGACAACAUCGCAUAUUGAAUCGCAUGCGCAAAUCGAGCGAAUAUUCGGGCCGACUUUCUCAUUUGAACGACUUCGAGAAGCUGGGCGAACUAUUUGGAAUGUGUUUCUCAAUCAUUUCGGACCAUCUGGAAGCACUUCUGCACAUCAAAACAUUCAGCAGAAUAUUCAAAUGCAACAAAUUCAAUCGUCAUCCUCGUCGGCUGUUCUUCCGCCAACUCCACGUGUUGUUUUUCGAGUUGGAACACCGACACAUGAGACGGAAUCGCUGGAGAUGGAUACGGAAGAAUUGGAUGCGGAAGUGGCGACGAUCACGCAAAACAUCCCACCGCCUGCGAAACUCGAAAAUUCGAUGGUUGAAAUGACGAAAGAUGGAGUCGCCCGAGUUACGGUAAUCCCCGGAAAUAGUUCGAGGAAAACGGAUAGCACUGAAAAUCGACCGAAUAUUCCGCAAAUUCUGAAAUCCACCAAUAUUUUGGGAGAACAACGCGAGAUUUGUGUUGGCGCCUGGAUUCAAAUCGUUGAUCCCGAGCAGAUUUUCAAAUAUUUGAAUGAGCCGCUUCGAUCGACUGGGGAAUGUUUGGUGGUUUGGCCGGAUGAUACGAUUCAGAAUGUAAGGGGAAUCUAGAAAUUCUGAAGUUUUUGGGCAACGUUUUCAUUAAGGUUGAUUCACGAACAAAAAAAUGUUGAAAAAUGUUUUUUUAACAUCGAAAGAUCAAUUCGAGAAAACAUUGUAGGUCAAAAAAAUUAGUUUUUCGAGUUUUUCAGCUAAAAAUGAUGACAAAUCGAUAUUUUUCAAGCUUCUGGAGUAAUCUUUGAUGAAAAUAAGCUUCGAGAACCCUAUUUUGCUUCAUUUUAUGAAUUUUUUCGAAAUUCAUCAAAAUUUAAAAUUGUUUUAUUUUACGAAAAAUCAGCAAAACCUUCUGGAAAGUGAAUUCCAAGAUCAAUUUUAAUCAGAAAUUCCUCCAGAAGCUUGAAAAAUAUUGAUUUGUCAUCAUUUUUGGCUGAAAAACUCGAAAAACUAAUUUUGACCUACAAUGUUUUUUCGACAUUUUUUGACUUUUGUUUCAAUGUUAAAAAACAUUUUUGUGAAAUUUGACACCGACAAAAAUGUUAAGAUGUGAAUUUUCUGAAUCCAUAUUUGUUGCAGAUGUCUGGCCGAUCUUCGUGGCUUUACCGACCUGGCAAAGGAAUGUGCGGAAGAAUUGUUUAUACAUGGUAUCCGAAUCAUCCGUUGAGAACCAAAAGAAGUCAUGUCGGAGAUCAUAUUCAUUUGGUAGGCUUUUCAAAUUGCCAUCUUGAACUUAGCCUAAAUAUUGGGAAUUUUCCAGAUUCUUAUUCCAUCAAUGGGAAAUGGUCUUGUACCGAUUGCUGAGAAAGGAUGUCGACUUUUGACACUUCACGAUCCAUCAUUUCACAGUGUUUUGGGUGGAACGAUUAGUGUGAGCUUUUUUGCGGGGGGGAUUUUUGGAAAGCCUAGAAAAACUUGGAAAUUAAAAAAAAAACUCAUUCGAAGUUUUCGGCAGAAAAAAUCUCUGAAAAUUUAUUUUCACUAUUUUUCGGAAAAUUUAGCGAUUAAAAUUUGUUCAAAAAUAUUCUUUCUAAAAUUCAUCCAAUUUAGUUCUGAAUUUUUCGAAAAAUUUGAAAGUUUGAAAUGUUUCAUAAUUUUAAAAGCUUAAGCCUGAAAAAAAGCAUAGAAAUUCUGUUUCAAUAAAACUUUUUGAGGUCAAAAAUUCGUUCAAAAUUAUUUUCCCCAGAAAAUCCAAAAUUCCUAAAAUAUUCACCCCAACCCCAUUAUUUUUCCAGGAACACACUGAAUUCCACACUCGCUACAUCGACGCCCUAAUCUUGCUCAAAAUCAUUCCCGGUGUCGUCUCGCAUAAGAAUCUCUUCACCAAAAAGCCGCCAUUCCCCCCAACUGUCGCAUCCAAUUCCUCUGCAGCUCCUCAACCUCCACCAACUCCUCAUCCUGCUCAUUCUUCGUCUUCAGCUGCUCCGUCAACAUCUUCUGAACCUCCUCCAGCUGAACCAUCAACGAGUUCAUCAUAA